ACUACAAGGCAUAUAAUCUCUGUAAUUGUUUUAUUUUCAACAUCAAAAGAGUUGUUCGUUCUACCAGAAGAAUUUGUUCUUUGCCGCAGCAAAAGAUCGAUCCGUCCUUGUUGGUUUCAAGCGAAGUUUAUCGAUAGCCAAGUACAGGAGCAGAGAGAGAGAGAGAGAGAGAGAGAGAGAGAGAUGAGAGAGAGCUCUGCAAGUGGUCUAUCAUGGCGGCGUUUGAUAUUCUUCGCUUCGAUUGGUUUGCAGUUCGUCUUAGGCCUAUCAGGUGAUUCCAAGAAUACGAAUGCAGAGUCUCGUUCUUCUUCAAGCAAAACAGGCACAAAAGUAAUCCUCGUACUAGUCGGAUUUGUGGUUGUGGCUAUGUUCUCGUUCUUCUUGUACAAGCUAUGGCAGAAGAAGAAAAGAGAUGAGCAGUAUGCUCGUCUGUUGAAGCUGUUUGAGGAAGAUGAUGAACUGGAGGUUGAAUUAGGUCUUCGAGAUUAAACACGCAACUUCGUCAACAAAGGCCUCAUGUAUGUUUGUGUUCGUUUGUCUGGUCAUGUAGGUGGAACUUAUGGGCAUUUAAAUUUGAAGUAUAUAUAUAUGCACACUUUGAUGGGUAACUGAUCUAGCUGUCUUGUCACUGAUCAUCAUCAAUUCUUCAUUACACUCUCUAGACGAUUGUUUUCGGUUUGGAAAUAAACCUAUGAAACUUGUGGAAUUCUCUA